GGAUGGAUGCCACAUGGCUUUGGAAUCGUCCACGAUUUGGCGCACCACAAUCCUUUUGCUUGCUUCAGAUUCUUGGAUUGGCUCCUAUUGUUGCACGCACGCACACAGAGACACACAACAUUCUUAAUUAGUCUCUUUCCUUCCAUAGGAGGAAAGCUUCAUCUUUUACUACUCAAAACAACCAAAGCACAAGUCCUUCCCAAGAAACAAUGGCUUCCACUUUGCUCUGCAACUCAGUAAACUCCUCCACGACAGUUUUCUCAAGAACCCACUUCCCAGCUCUGGUUUCCAAGGACUUACCAGUAGAAUUCUCACCUUAUAUUGCCUCUAACUAUUACUGCAAAACCACAAGGCAGAAGAAGAAACUGGCACGGGUUGAAGCCAAACUGGCUGAGGCCAGCCCCACAGUGUCACAGCCAACGCAAAGCGGUGGCGAGCCACUAAAGAAGCUUCGGAUAUUGGUGGCCGGAGGUGGGAUCGGCGGGCUGGUUUUUGCGUUGGCGGCAAAGAGGAAGGGGUUUGAGGUUGUGGUGUUUGAGAAGGAUAUGAGUGCUAUAAGAGGGGAGGGACAGUACAGGGGUCCAAUUCAAAUACAGAGUAAUGCAUUGGCUGCUUUGGAAGCUAUUGAUUUGGAGGUUGCAGAUGAGGUUAUGAAGGCUGGCUGUAUUACUGGGGAUAGGAUUAAUGGGCUCGUCGAUGGGGUUUCUGGGACUUGGUACGUCAAGUUUGACACAUUCACUCCCGCAGCGGAAAGGGGGCUUCCUGUGACAAGAGUUAUAAGCCGAAUGACCUUGCAACAAAUUCUUGCCCGUGCGGUUGGGGAAGAUAUCAUUAUAAAUGAAAGUAAUGUUGUUGAAUUUGAGGAUAAGGGAGAUAAGGUUACUGUGAUGCUUGAGAAUGGACAGAGUUAUGCAGGUGAUCUUCUGGUUGGAGCUGAUGGCAUAUGGUCAAAGGUGAGGAAGAACUUAUUUGGACCGAGUGAAGCUAUUUACUCAGGCUACACUUGUUAUACUGGUAUUGCAGAUUUUGUGCCUCCUGACAUUGAGUCUGUUGGGUACCGAGUAUUUCUGGGACACAAACAAUACUUUGUUUCUUCAGACGUGGGUGCAGGAAAGAUGCAAUGGUAUGCAUUUCACAAGGAGCCAGCUGGUGGCCUUGAUAGUCCUCAUGGUAAAAAGGAAAGGUUGCUUAAAAUAUUUGAGGGUUGGUGCGAUAAUGCGAUAGAUCUGAUACUUGCCACAGAUGAAGAUACCAUUCUUCGACGUGACAUAUAUGAUCGCACGCCAAUUUUAACUUGGGGUAAAGGUCGUGUGACCUUGCUUGGGGACUCUGUCCAUGCUAUGCAGCCAAAUUUGGGUCAAGGGGGAUGUAUGGCCAUUGAGGAUAGUUAUCAACUUGCAUUGGAACUCGAAAAAGCUUGGAAACAAAGCAUUGAAGAAGGAACUCCUACUGAUAUUGUUUCUUCUCUAAAGAGAUAUGAGAAUGCUAGAAGAUUACGAGUUGCCAUUAUUCAUGGAAUGGCAAGAAUGGCUGCAUUAAUGGCUUCAACCUACAAGGCUUAUCUGGGUGUAGGACUUGGUCCAUUAUCGUUUUUGACGAAGUUUAAGAUACCGCAUCCAGGGAGAGUUGGUGGAAGAGUUUUUAUUGACUUGGGGAUGCCCUUGAUGCUAAGUUGGGUCUUAGGUGGUAACAGCUCUGAACUUGAAGGGAGGUCACCAUCUUGCAGACUCUCAGACAAAGCAAGUGACCAGUUACGCCAAUGGUUUCAAGACGAUGAUGCAUUGGAGCGUACUAUUAGUGGAGAGUGGUUUUUGUUACCAUGUGGAAAUGAAACUGGUGCUUUGCAACCUAUUUGUUUAAGCAGAGAUGAGAGCAAACCCUGCAUUAUUGGGAGCAUAGCACAUCAGGACUCUCCAGGGAUGUCAAUAGCAAUACCUUUGCCACAGAUUUCUGAAAUGCAUGCACGAAUUAGCUAUAAGGAAGGCGCCUUGUUCUUGACUGACUUGCGAAGUGAGCAUGGUACCUGGAUCACCGAUAAUGAGGAGAGACGGUAUCGGUUGCCUCCAAAUUUUCCUACUCGUUUCCGUCCAUCAGAUGUUAUUGAGUUUGGUCCUGAUAAGAAGGUGGCAUUUCGGGUUAAGGUGAUGAGGUCUUCUCCAAAGACUGCAGAGGAGAGUGGAAUCCUCCAGACAGUGUGAAAAAUCUUGAGUUACUUUUCUCAGUUUACACAGGAAUUGUACAGCAUUUAUUCGGACUGGCACAGCAAUGUAAAUCUGCUGCAUUUUGCAGAGCUUAAAGAAUUAUACAUGAAAUUUAUACCCCCUUUUUGUUUCA